AUGGUAUUAAACAGGAAAGUGUUGGUGGACACAAACGUGGCCUGGCCCAACGGACUCUCACUGGACUGGCAGGAACAGGAGCUAUACUGGACUGAUGCAAGAGCCGACAGAAUACAAGCUAUCGGGAUUGACGGACGCAACAGACGCACCGUAGUUACAGAUCUACCUCAUCCAUACGGCGUGACUGUCCAGGGAAAGUGGAUUUAUUGGACCGACUGGGAGACCAAAUCUCUCAACAGGACACAGAAGAAAUCCCAUGGCACCAUCUACUCCAUGCGUGAGGGUCUGGCUGGUCUCAUGGACAUCAAAGCUCUACCGGGUCCAGCAGCAGGCGAUAAUGUGUGUGGUGAUCAUAACGGCAAGUGUUCUCAUCUGUGUUUACGCAACCCCGAUGGUUACUCCUGCGCCUGUCCCACUGGCCUCACUAUGAUGAAGGUGAGUACUCACCUAGUUGAGGUGGCUGUGUCUGUACAGGAGACAGAUGGCAGUCUAUCUGCAGGUUGCUUUUGUUACUUGUACAGAGUUGUCUCCCUGAAGAACAUGUCGCAUCCGUGGACCAUCUUGUCCCCGGGAGACGUCACGCCAGACGGUCUGGCAGUGGACUGGCUAGCGGACAAUAUCUACUGGACAGAUGCUGGGGAUAAGGCCGUCAAGGUGGCUAGACUGGACGGUACCUCACAGAAAACCAUAAUUAACAGCCAGUUACUGGAACCCAGAGCCAUCGCUGUCUUCCCCAGUGAUGGAUGGCUAGAAGCAUGUCACUUCGGUAUCGAGAUGACCAGAAGCAUGUCACUUCGGUACCGAGAUGACCAGAAGCGUGUCACUUCGGUCUGCCACAAGCCUGUCACUAGAGGUGCCAGGACUGUCACAAGCAUAACACUGGCUGAGCCAGGAUGGUCAGCGGCACGUCACUGGUGGUACCAGGAGGGACACUGGCGUGGCACCGGCGGUAAUAGGACGGCCAAGAGAGUCUCAGGUGGUGCCAUAGCGGUCACAAGCGUGUCACAAAGGGUGCUAGGGCGGGCACUAGUGAAUAACUGUCAGUGCCACAAAUACCAAAAGAGUGUCAAUGGUGGAGUUAAAAUGGCCAUCAUAAGACGGAUAAUUGUGUACAACCGGUGCCAUAACGGCUACGAACGUGUCACUGGUGGUCCUAGGAUUGCCACCACCGUGUCAACGCUGGGUAACCAUAUCUACUGGACGGACUGGGACACCUUGACCAUCGAGCGAGCUGACAAAACUUCUGGCAGUAACAGGAAGGUCAUCAGGAGCGGUAUAGAGGGUAUCAUGGAGAUCAUGGCGGUAACCAAGACUUCUCAGGAAGUGGAAUCAUGCGAAAUCGCACGUCGCUGCCCCAACCUUGCUUCUACCACCCAGCGGGGCGCAGCUGCGCCUGUCCGGACCACUUCGACUCCGCCUGCUCAGAACGGUCUUCUCAGUUCACCUUCACCUGCUGAUAUCUCACUCGGUGUUCCAGGGUCUUCUCAGUUCACCUUCCCUGCUGAUACCCACUCGCGUGUUCCAGGGUCUUCUAAGUUCACCUUCAACCUGCUGAUACUCACUCGAGUGUUCCAGGGUCUUCUCAGUUCACCUUCACCUGCUGAUACCUCACUCGCGUGUUCCAGGGUCUUCUCAGUUCACCUUCACCUGCUGAUACCUCACUCGAGUGUUCCAGGCUCUAAUGAAGGUUCUCAUAUCUUCACAUUUCCAGGACCAUUCCUCAAGAUACCUCUUGAGUCUGGGAGGAGUGAUGAAAGCUCAAGAAAGCAUUACGGUCACAAGAAGAACGGCGGAACGACUAGCGAGGACCCUCCUGGACUGAUUCCCUUGUUGGCAGUGCUGGCGCUGGUGCUGGUGGUGUCAGUGCUGGCCAUGAUGGCUGUUGUUGCUUGGUGGAAGUACAAGAAACAGACCAAAAUGGUGGAAGGGCCCAAAGGAGGAGCUUUAACCUACACUAAUCCCACGUACAGCGCCUCCAACUCUGAUGUCAACACGGACCGCAAACCCUUCACUUGGAGACGCUUACACCACGAGGCCAACCAUCAGGGUCGAAUGUUUGAGGAGAAGGGCGAGGUGGCAGCACUGAUCAGUGAAGGUAGCAGUGUUGAACACGAGAGUCCCCCACCCACGCCGCCCACACGCCCAGAUCCAGUCACUUAACCAUACCUUCGACUGGCCUGGUGUGUGCCAGGCUGCCCACACUUAACUACCUGAUGCAACCCACAUGAAACUCCCGGGGGAAAUUUCCCAAACCACCACAUCUCCUCUUCUUCCUCCUCCUCUUCAUCUCCUGCAGCUCACCUGCCUGGCAAGAGAUCCCACAGAGGUGACACCUGUCUCUCUCUUUAACACUCUACCCUCGCCUCGGCCACUACACUCACAGGAGAGAGGUAGACCCCUUCCUCACCACAACGCCCAUCACUUGCACAAGCUACAAGUAGCCCCCAUCACCUCUACGCCCAUCACUGCACAAGCAAACCCUCCACACCCACGCCCAUCACUGCACAAUCACAUAUUCUAGAAUUACUCCCCAGCACCCAGCUCAUCCCAUAGGCUACAAAUUGCUCCCAAAACCCACUACCUCGCAAAGGCUACAGGUAGCCCCCCAGCACCCCACAUAAGAUAUAGGUAGCCCUCAAAACAGUGCAGAGGCUACAAGUAGCCCCAGCACCUAGAAUUUGCAGAUAGGCUACAGGUAUCAUCAGCACUCACCACUUCUCGUUAAUCAGAUGUAGCUCCCAGCAUCUACUACACCUCCAGCACCCGAAACAACACAGGCAAUAUGCAGACACCACAACCUACUACUCCCACAUAGGCUACAGGUAGCCUUCAGCUUGAGGCAGGCCCUUCCACCUUACAUAAACUACAGGUAGCAAUAAGAGCCCCAAACUUAUCACACAAGCUCUACGUAGCCCCCAAAAAACACAAGCUACAAAUAGCCCAAAGCACUCUCCACCCAACAUAAACUGUAGGUAGCCCUCUGUACCCAAAACCCUGCACAGGCUACAUGUAGCCCACGAUACACAUCACCCCAACGCAGGUUACAUCUAGCCCAAACAAAGCACCAUACAGGCUAUUAGUAGACCCCCUUAACAGAGCUUCACACCCCCUUUCAAGAAGCCUAGAAACCAGCCCCCCCUCUCACACAGGCUACAGGUAGCCCCCCUAGCACCCAACACCCUACAUAAGUAGCCACCAGUACCCAGAAACAGUCCCAGGUGGCCUCCAAUACCUCACAAAAGUAGCCCCCAGGAACAACCACCUCGCACAGGCUACAGGUAGCCCCAAGCACCUUACACAGGCUACUUUAAAUCACAGAGCCCACACUUGCUACAGAAAGCCCCGUGCACCUUCGGUAUAGGCUACAGGUAGUCCCAGCACUCCUUAUAGGUAGUCCCUAGUUUUAAAAAUUCCAAGUAGGCUACAAGUAGCUCCAAAGACUACCACCCACUUUAUACAGGCUACAGGUAGCCUCUAGCACCAGUCACCUCAAUACAGACUAUUGUUGCCCCAGACUACCAUUCCAUGAAGGCUACAGGUAGUCUUCACUGAUCUGUUGCUGAACUACACACGCUAUAAAUAGCCCCAGCACCAUAUAGAAGCUAUAGGUAUACCCAGCACCAUUACCAUAUAGAAGCAGUAGGUAGCCCCAAGACACCACCCUCACCCUCCUUCAUAAGUAGCCUCCAACAUUUACUACUCUAUAUAGGCUUCAGGUACCGCCUAUCACUCACCAUUCCAUGCGGGCUACAUAUAGCCCCCUCAACAUUCCCAUAUUUCCCCUUUAAAGUAGCCCCAGCAUUCAUUAUCCUAUACACACCACCAGUAGCCUCUAGCAACCUUCUCCUCUCCUCCUCCUCCUCCUCCCUUCCUUCCCGUCCAGACAGGUUACAGAUAGCCCGUAGCAUUUCCCCUCAUGUACCCUAUACAGGCUAUAGGCAGCUCCAAGCAUAUUCCAUAAAAUGCAUGGCUACAAGUAGCCUGCAGUACCCUUCUCCCAUAUACGUAGCCCAAAGCUCCCUCCACAUAGGUAACCUCCCCUGCUUUCACCCCACCACACAGGCUACAGGUAGCCCCCAGCACUCUCUACCCCCCUUAGACAGACUACAAGAAACUCCCUACACCCGUUACCCCUACACAGGCUACAGGUAGCCCAGUUCUCACUACCCCACAUAGGCUACAGGAAAAGCACCCCUCAUCAUCCCACAUAUUAAUAUCACAGUUUUCAUCACUGAAGAGGGUGCUGGUAGUCCCCAGAAAUAGCAAGACAGGCUACAGGUAGCCUUAAGCAAUCCACUACCCUUUGACAGUUAAUAGGUAGCCCCGGAAUCCACCUCCCCACACUGGCUACAGGUAGCCCCUAGCACUUAUUACCCUGCAUAGGCUAUAGAUAGCAUCCAGCACCCUACUCAGGUCUCAGGCAGCUCCUGGCCCUCAUUAUCCCAGCCACUCAAACUGGCUACUGGUAGCCUCCAUCACCCACCACUCCACGCAGGCUACAGGUAGUCCUUGGCACUCGGCACCUCUUACCGCCUUCAGCACCCACCAUCUACACAGGCUACAAGUAGCCCCCCA